AUGCUUACCAAAUCAACUGAAUUGCCAACGCUGGAGGAGUUAGAAGUUCCUGAAAUAAAGAUGACUGCUGUUCCUCUGCUUGCUGCGGCGUUGUACAUGGGAAAAUACUGUGAUCAACAGUCGAAGGAGUUUAUGCUCUGUAGCCAAGAAAAUCACGACCCUAGGAAAUGCCUUAAAGAAGGUAAAGAUGUUACUGCAUGCGGUCUGGAGUUUCUGAGGUUAUUGAAGAAGAAUUGCGCUGAUGUAUUUGCUCCAUACUACCAGUGUAUCUGGAAGCACGGAGGGCCCUACUUCACCAUUCAGAAGUGUCGUAAGCUCCAAUAUCCAUUGGACAACUGUAUAAAGGAGAAGAUGGGUCUUGAACGACCAGAGCUGGGGUAUUUUAAUCGUGUGCGUCUCGUGGACACGAAGCGCCCUAAGCCGGUCCCCAAAUUGGCGCCCAUGCCAGAGCGCAUCCCUGACAUGCCAAGCUUUGACAGCAUGCCUGAACCUGAGAAACUGGAGGCUCGUAAACAUGUAAACGAGGCCAUGGUCUAA